AUGUCGAAAGAAAUUAAUAAGAACAAGUCAUCCUCUAUUUCGAAACCACAAACGUACAAGCUUGCGCAUUCGGAAAAAUUCGGAAGAUAUUUAAUAGCUGGGAAAAAUUUAAAAGCUGGCGAAGUAAUACUUCGAGAAAAACCAGUUGCAGUUGGCCCUGGAGUAUUCGACAAAGAUUACUUUUGUUUUGCCUGCUUAAAAUUAUUAAAUAAAAUUAACAAGAAAUUGCAAUAUGUUUGCACGAAAUGUUCCGUUGCUCCUUUAUGUAGUUCAUCUUGCGAGAAAAAUCCUAGUCAUCAUACACCCGAAGAGUGUAAGCUAUUCAAGGACAACGAAAAGAUAUCGAAGGAUAACGUGUACGAUAUCAUAGGAAUAUUACUAACUUUGAGAUUAUUUCUCUUAAAAGAUCGAGAUCCAGAUCUAUGGGACAAAGUGAGUCGUAUGGAAUCACACAUGGAUCAAAGAAGAGGCACUCUCGUUUGGAAGGAUAGAGAAGUUAACGUUAUCAAAAUAUUUCGUGAUCUUCAACUGGUGACCAAUGACGACGAUAUCACUACGACGUCGGAUUUUUUACAACGGCUUUGUGGUAUUCUCGAUGUAAAUACUUUUGAAUUACGUCCACCUGGUAGAUUGGAUGCUUUAGUUCUACGUGGAUUGUACUUGGAAGCCUCUCUUAUCGCUCAUGAUUGUAGAGCUAAUACUCACAUUACUGUUGAUGAUAAUUUUCAACUCACUGUUUAUGCCAGUUUACCGAUCAAAGAAAAUGACGUCAUUUACUUCAAUUAUACUUCGUCACUUUUGGGUUCAGCCGAAAGAAGAGAACAUCUCCGAGAAGAGAAAUAUUUCGAAUGUGAAUGUACACUUUGUAAAGAUCCGUAUGAAUUAGGUUCUUAUUUAAGUAGCAUUCGAUGUCCACGUUGCAAAGAUGGUUAUAUUGGAGCAGAAAAUCCUUUAAAAACUAAACCGUACGAACGUGACUGUAAAUGGCGAUGUAAUAGAUGCAGAAAAACGUACGGUGGUUAUCUCAUUAGAGCAACUUUGAACAUAACUCGAACACUUAUCCAUGAAUGCAGUAAAUCCGAUGUCAAAGAUUUGGAAUCGUUAAUUAAGAAACUUACGCAAUCUUUUCAUCCUAAUCAUUAUCUUUUAUUGGCAUUGAAACAAAAAUUAUUAACAAUCUAUAGAAAACAAGUAGCGUCAUCGAAUCCUAAAAAAAAAAUUAUUCAAAAAAUGCUCAAUUUAUGUAAGGAAAUUCUUGAAGUAUUGGAAUUGGUAGAACCUGGAAUUUCUCGAUUGAAAGGUAUAAUGUUAUACGAAAUGCACUUGCCUUUGGUGUUACUGGCUAAUCGUGCUUACGCAGCGCACGAAAUUUCCCCCAUGGAAAUGUCUUCUCAGCUUCAAGAAGCUGGAAUACUUCUCAGAAAAGCUUUGACAAUGCUUCUUUUGGAACCCGUUGGAACACCCGAGGGACAAUUAGCUAAACGUGCUUUACAAGAAUUAAAAAUGCUCAAUCAAAAUAUAGCCGAUGCUGAAAUGCUACAACAAUUACAGGAAAAAUCUAAUUCACGUUUACGUAAAGUAAAAAAGAAAUAA